AUGAAUAGUCCUCUGUUCAGAAUGUCAGCCAACGCAUGGAUCGUCGUCGUGCUGCUGGUUGUAGGACUUACGGUUGCCAACAGCAGUGCCAGCUACAACAUGGUGGACCCUCAACGUGUCCUCAGCAAUGCUGGCAUUAGUCUCGGUGUGAGCACCGGUAGCGGUAUAGCAAGUGGAGGUACACUGAACGAGCUCGGCGCAAUACAACCAAAGCCAACGGAACUGUUCCGAAGCAUAGCCGCUGCACCGGCUGUAAGCGUGACUAGUGAAGAUACCACUGACCUUACGUCAACAACACCGUCCGUGUACAAUGAAACCAGCAGUAACGCCACGGACAACAGCGUCCUUUGGAGCAAAUACAUCGUCCGGUCCGGAUACGCGCUCCCGGUAGAUCCACUGUUUGUGGCCAAAAUCAAUCCCUUCUGGCUUCAAUUCGAACCACCGUCGGCCGGUGAACAUUACGGGCUGGCGGUGUUCUACUUCCUGAUGAUGCUGUUCGGCGUUAUCGGAAACGCGCUGGUGGUCUUUAUGUUCUACAGAUAUCGCUCACUGCGUACACCAGCCAAUUAUCUCGUCAUGAAUCUAGCUGUGGCCGAUUUCGUCAUCAUGAUGGAGGCGCCUCUGUUCAUCUACAACAGUAUCCAUCAGGGUCCCGCUCUCGGGUCGAUUGGAUGCACGGUUUACGCAUUGAUGGGAGCACUUGGUGGAACUGUUGCGAUCGCUACACUGACAGUCAUCUCGAUUGACCGUUACAAUGUAGUCGUGUACCCACUCAACCCGAACCGAUCAACGACCAAACUGAAGUGUUACAUCCUGAUUGCCUUCACCUGGGCGUAUGGAUUGUUCUUUUCCAGCUUCCCAGCGUUAGAGAUUGGGCUAAGUCGCUAUACGGCCGAAGGCUACAUGACGGCAUGCAGCUUCGACUACCUCGAUCGCACUUACAAGGCCCGUGUCUUUAUGUUCGUCUAUUUUCUGUUCGCCUGGCUGCUACCGUUCGUAAUCAUCAGCUACUGUUACGCACGGAUCCUUAUGGCCGUCAUCAAUGCUAACGCUAUCCAGUCCAGCAAGAGCAAGAAUAAGACGGAGGUAAAGCUGGCCGGGGUCGUGGUGGGCAUCAUCGGACUGUGGUUUGCCGCGUGGACACCGUACGCUGUGGUUGCGAUGAUGGGUGUGUUUGGGUACGAGAAGUAUCUAACCCCACUCAACUCGAUGAUACCUGCCGUGUUUGCUAAAAUAGCGGCCACGAUUGAUCCGUACUUUUACGCCAUGAAUCACCCACGCUACCGGCAGAUGUUGGAGCGCAUGUUCUGUAACCGUGGUGCCGACCAGGGUAACUCGCAGUACCAAACCUCACACUAUACCCGGGGUGCCUCGCGUGCCGGCGAAUCUGAUGGUGGUGGCGAAGAAUCCGGUGGCGUUGGACGUGUACCGGGCGGUGGUAAUACUGCCUCCGUGCGGGGCACCGGAAGAAGUGGACGGCUAAUCACGGCCAAGGGAAUGGCUGGAAUCAGCGGUAAUGGUAACGGUGGUGGCGUUAAGGCGCUCAAGAAGCAGAUUUCCAACGGCGAUGAAACAUCGCUCGAGGUAUCGCUCGAGAUGUAACAGUGCUGCCCGCGAGGAGUUCAGCUCCUUCGCGUAACGGACGACUACGAAAACAGUGCCUUCGUGUAGCCGGCGUAGCGGUAGCAACAGAAACCAACGACGAGCGUGGUAAUGGAAGAAUUGGCAGAACGGAGAGGUACUGGUGAGCGCCGUAAUCAUAGAAAAUUACCGGAAAACCGCUGGUAUCGCUCAUUAGAGUGGCGACAAAUAAGUGUCUUUCCACGAUUAGGGAGGCAUAGGAAAUUGGGAUGAAAGAGUGGAAUACAUUCUUUGCUUUAAAAAAAUACGCGUCCUUUUUAUCAUAAGGUUUCAUGUGUACGUGUCAAACAUGGCUUCAAGCCUUUACGGAUACAACUUGCAAAAAAAAACUUUGAGGUAUAAAAGUGAGAACUCAAGUCUGAACAGAGCAGAAUGAUUCGUAGAAAUAUGUAAACAGCAGACAGGAAUAACUAAGGAUCAGAUCGUCUCAAACGCGUUGAUAAAUCAAUAUUUUUCUCGCGCAUUUGGUUCUUUCAGUUACCGAGAACUUGUUUUUCAAACUAUCUAUCUCCACAAUCACUAAAACCCUUACGCUUUCGAUUGGUGCGGAACAAGAUAGUCGUAAAAUAACACAUUGUUUUCGGCGCGUCCUUCCCGUCUGCUUUCCAUUUUCCUCGUAAAACUUUCCCAAUAUAGGAACACUUCAGAUUGAUUGUUAGUUACUUUUUCAUUCUGCGUGGCACUGCUGCCUACGUUUGCGCUUCUUGUGAUAGAUUCCAAGGAUUCGAAGGACCAAACCAGAAUAGGAUGAAAAUCGAAGCAAAAGACACAUUGUUAGUAUUGAUAGCAUUUUUUGGGAAUCUAUUACGUGUGUCUUCUUGUUUCGCUAUCCGUUAUUUAUCGACAGUUGUACAGUUAAGAGCGAAAAAGAUUUAAGGACAACCAGGAGAAAAAGGAUACAUCCAGUAACGAAGAAUGUAAAAGAACACCGCGUCCUUAAAUAGUACUUUGCGCAGUGUUUGUCGUUCUUGGAAGCUUUACGAAAGGGUAGUCAAGCGAACAGUGGUAACCACUGACCGGGGACAGCCAUUGGGGGUGACAAGGGUAAAAACAUGAUUAAGUGGUUGUUUUUGCCACCGUGCCAGCAGUUAUCAUGCUAAGUGAUAUUCUUGUAAAAAGAAGCGUAUGUUGGAACUGCGGUACACGUUAAGCUCCUCCUUACCGUGGUUAAGUGUGGCCCAAAGUUCAGCCAAAAAUCUGCCCUUUUAUUCCUACCUGCCCCCUCUCUCGUACAGUAGUUUCUCUUACUCCACCCACCGUCCGUUGAUUAAACCGUUGCACUUAUGUCGAAAUGGUUACUGCUGCUGUUGCUAAAGGGAAAACAGUUCUUCUCGUACAAGCCAACUGAACCAACAACUGUCUCGCCAAUGGUCGUAAAUCUUGAUGUACCAUCGCACUUCUGCUAUCCGUGUGUGGAUGCCUUUCGGAAGAAACCUGCUGUCAACUAAAGGCCAACUGUUGGAUGAAUAUCCAUCCCUUGGAGUUCGUUUAUCGAUUGAAGGAGACGCCAUGUGAUCCUCUCGUUGUGCGUCAUGAGUGUUCGAUGUCAGUUGUUACUUUUCACAUCGAUAUAUAUAUUUAUUAAAACACUAGAUCACAAAAUCCCCAGAAAAGAAAAAUAUUAAAAACGAAGAAAUAGACCGUUAGUGCUGUGGUAAUCAAGGUGUGGUAACCCGUCAUAGAUGUUAUAUUUUUCCUCACGCCCCACGUUCCAUUAUAGCCCAGUUCAGGCACAUGUAGUAAAUGUUCAGAAACAUAUGAAGCUAAUAGGAUAACGUGUUACUCAAGAUGUCUUUGUUGUUAGAAUUUCACCUAACAACCGCACGCCGUCAAAGGAGACGAACUGAGGUGUUCUUCGACAACACUCCACGUAAACUCAAAGUAUGACUUGCAAUGAAGCUUUAAGCGUACGCUAAAGCUUUCGCUGUUGUGCUUCACACACAGAGAUAUACUCACACAUAUAUACAUUGCAAAUGGCGCGCAAGCUUUUAUCGGAGAAUAUUUUGGAGAAAAUUUUCAAUUUUCUUGAAAUAUUUAAUUCCAUUGGGGAAAUUGAUUCAACGCCCAUUUGCAAAUAAAUACGAAUUCGUUUCUAACGAGUCAAAGGACGAAAAGAAAUCAGAAACGUUAAUGAAAAAAUUGUGCCUUAAUUUUAACCAAUUGGCUGAACCUUUUUAAAAACGCUAGGCUAGAAAAACGACAGAUAAUGUAUAGUUUGAACCGAAAAAUCCCCAAAACACAUCAACUACGAAACUUCGCCGAUAUCAAUCCUUUGUUUAGCUGCAUUACAUUCUCAAAAUAAAUAGACGCUAAGAAGAAGCAAAGAGAUGGAAGUGGAAUGCUAGGAAGAUGAAGAGGAUAGUAAACGAGCUUAGUGAUGCAUGAAUGAAAAACGAAAGUAUAAAAUAAGAGGUAAAAGAAAGUACAAAGCGAUGGUUCGUGUGCGUUGUCUGGGCGUCAAAGAAACUGUUUCACAUGUUCUAUCAAUCCACAAAUAAGCAAAGUAAAGGAUAACGAAAUCACUAAAUGUUUUCUGUUAGACAAAAGACAAACAAAACUCUUCCAUAUACACAUCUAUGACACAUAGCAGAGAACAAAAUCAAACCGAAUCAAUAAUGUGCAACCGGUGUUGGUUUGUGUUUUGGUAAACGAAGCAAAACAGUUUUUGCGAAACUUUGUUAAAAACAAACGUAAAUGUGUUGUUAGUGUUUUAGUACAA